AUAUUUAGUUAAGACUUUAAUUAAAGCUUUAUAUUUGAAGCUUUAAUUGGUAGAACGUACCCAGCAAAUUGUAAAUUCGAAUGAAUUAAAAAUUGCAGUUUAUUUUAAUUUAUCCGAGUUCGCGCUUUAGAGUCACGGAGGAUUUUUUCAUUCAAAUGGACUCCAAUGGAUAGAAAUACAAAAUGUCAUCUAUUCAUCAUUUUGAAUUCGGACGAGUUUAUAUCCUCAUUUUUAUUAUUUUUGAAUUCAUAUGAAUUGAAAUACGAAAUAAGCUAUUCAUUAUGUUGAAUUCGGAUGCAUUUAUAUCCUACAUUAUAUUAUUUUCGGAUUUAAAUGGAUUCGAAAAAUCUGAAGCGCAUAUUCGAAAAUGUCAACACGAAUUCAUUUCUAAUUUCAAUUCAUCUUCGUUUGCUGGAUACGACGAAUGAGAAACUAAUUUGCGAUCAAAAGUUUUAGUCCCAACAUAGCUUUUAUUAAUUAAUUUAGAAUUACAUGAUCCCAGAAUUUCCACUGAAUAAAAUAAUUCUUUUUUUUAUUUUUAUUAAAAUCUUAGAAUUAUAAUUUUUAUCUUUUAUAAUAAAUAUUGCAUUAGUUUGUUUAUUUCGUACAUAUUUUGACCUGUAUCAUUUUAUCGUGUAUUUUAUUUAAAGCAGCGCUCUUUAUUAUUAAUAAACCUCUUACAAAGAAUCUAUCGUAACUUUGUUGCGUUUUAUAAUACUCAAAUUUCGCGUUCCAAACAAUUAUAUGUUUUUCAUUUAGAAUUUCUUAAUGAGUUUUCUUUUUUAUAUGCAUUUUUCCGAUACAACGCGUCCAAGACACACUUCUUAAUUAUUAAACGUCGAUUUCGUUAUUAUUAUGGAAAAUUUAAAUCAAAUUAAUUAUCAUUAUGAAGCACCAACAAGUAACCGUAGACAUGACGAACAUGGUGUUUACCGCUUGCUCCUAUUUGGCACUCGCCGGAGCGGUCUGGAUAUUUUUGCGGCUCAUUCAGGCCUGCUUUUGGCUGCCAAAGCACUUGAAAAGACAAAAUGACGUUCAAAGAAUGUUACAAGAGAAGGUGGACAGUUAUGAGAAAUAUGUGCUAGAAUGCGAAGAGAAGGAGAGGACGGAAAUGUUGGAUCAGAUCGACGAUGAGAAAAAGAGUCUCGAGAUGUCGGAGAAGUGGAAGGAACGAAGGGAAUGUCUCGACAUGCUCAAGCGAGAGCUGGAAAGAGUUCGCGAGGGUAAGGACAUGUCUGAUUGGGACGCCUUGCUAGACGAGGAACUGAAGAAGCACGAACUGGAAGCCAGUCUUCUGGAGGAGGAGGAGGAGGAGGAAGAGGAUCUUAAAAACGGCUUCAAUAAGGAGAAGAGCGACAGUGAAAAGGAGGUAAAGAAAGCCGAGCUAGAAAUCGAACCGAAGAAGAAAAAGUAAUGAACUUUUGUGCUUUAAAAAGUGCCUUAUGAAACUUUACGAAUUGUAAGGAAACUAUUAUGCGUGAAAAAAAAUCUCCCUCCGUGCUACUAAAUUUUCGAAACAUAUUGUUGAGUGAAUAUCCAUGUGUGGCGCGCGAUAAUCAAAUAAUUCAAAGAUAUCUCGGUACAAUUUAGAUUUUUAUCUCAAAUUUUAUUCAUUUUAUUAACCCUUCAUCGUCCAACAUUUUAUUGCUACUUUCCUAGUCCAAUCGGGUCACUGGUACCGUCAAUGUUUUUUUCUUUGUAAGGGCUUUUGUGCUCUAAAAAAUCUGAAAAGAAUUCUGGUACAUUCUUCCAACAUUCCAGGAGACGAUUGUUUGACUCAGGACGUUUUUCACUUUUUUUUGUGUAUGUCCGAAUUUGAGGCAAAAUAAUUCAAAAUUAAAAAUUCGCUUGAAUCUUCAAAUCUCCAGUUAGACCAUGAAGGGUUAACAUAUAGAAAACAAAAUUUUAUUAAUUUUUAAUCAUUAUAAAUGAAAAAUAACUUACAUGAGGAAAAAAACUGUAUGUAAUCGAUAUAGAAAGUAUAAUAUCUCGUGUGUAAUAGCGGUUGAAGAGUUACAGUAAUAUAGUCAAAGAGAGAUAAAUAGCUGUAAGUAUAAGCGCUCAUACAUAUAAAAAAUGUAUCAUUUCUAAAGCAGAAAAAUUAAUAACUUGUUUUUAUAUAUAUUGUAAUUAAGGAAAGCGAUAAUUCAAUACAUGAUCACCCGAGAGUGGAAGUAAAGCUUCGACAUACAAAUCAUUGAAUUCGUUUCGUCGUUGUCGCCUUUAUACCGCGAUCGAUAUGCGGAACAAAUCGUAAACGUCUACCUCGGUGUACUCGUGCCUGUUUUUAAUACAUGUCACGUUUAUCGAUAUUCUCUCUAUACGCGCGCGUUAAUAAUAUACGUCAUCAAUUUAGUUAAUUGGAGCUGCGCUCCCUUAACGCUCAAUCGUAAAUAAUGCAACCGGCAUCUCAUACUUACUCCCACAUAUCUCAUCGUGACGCAGAGCGGGACGAUAUUAGCGGAAUUGCAUUUAUUUCUGCGUACAAGCGUGUGGAUAUCCUACGGAACGUUUUAGAUAGAUCUAGAUGUGUGUGACACAUUUUCGCAAUUAAUUGUAAGAGAAUCGUUAAUUAUAUAUAGAAGAAUUAUACUGCAAUAUGUGACAAUUUAUAUACGAUGUACAAUUUGCUGACCCUCUGUUUUUAUAUCAUGGAUGUUUUAUCUCUAAAACAUACAUAUAUACAUGUAUCACGCACAUGCAACGACAUUUCUUGUAGAAUCAAUAAAAUAAGUAAUUAGGACAUUA